UUCAAAAGUGAACCUUCAAGUUGCCCUUAUAUUUGUUUCUUCGUGGUGAAUGCAUCAAGAUGAAUAGGCUGCUGAAGGACGACGUCGGACCAGCGCGGGAGAAGCUCCUCGUGUCCACAUCAACCAAGGUCAAAUCACUCGACACGUGCAACGAGCACAGGUCGCCGCACGCGAGUCCAACCAACGAGCUUACGCGCCAUUCCACUCCCCCGUAUCUCAAGGCAGAAGCACCAACCGUCGAGCCCGCCGGCGGCAAAACACAGCACAGAGGACUGCCUUUGGCCACGACACCACACAGCCAUCAAUCACCACCACCCUCACCAUCAACCAGCAAUUGCGAAUCUAGUCGUCCUUCCCGACGUUCGCAUCUCCAGCACCAGCGAUCAUAUGAACAAGCGAUCGCGAGUGCGGCUGGCGGGGGAGCUGUCCCCCCAGACAUGCGAUGCAGGUACAAAACCGGACGGUGUCCACUGGCCCGCGCGAUGAAACGAAGCGGCCGCCCGCUGCUGCUGUGCGAAUUCCACCGCGCCAAGCAAAACAGCAUCAAACGCAAGAGCGACACCAAGUACCGCACCGACCGCCUCGCCCAAAAGAAGCCCCCCUCCCCCAUAGCAGCAACGGCCCCAGCAACGAUAGUACCGUUGGACUUUUAUAGCCACUCGUUCACCGAGCAACUCGGCCUGCCACUUGGCUUGCCACUUGGACUGCAUUAUGACAACAGCCCCACGAUCAUGAGUAUGACGCCACCCCCCGAUGAGAUGAUCGUGUCCCCCACGAGCGACAUGGGCGGCGAAGACAUUGCGCUGCUUCAGUUUUUUAUGCUGCAUUAACCCGCUAUUAGUUUAUAAAUUGCAAUCUCCCGUUGUAUUAAUUAUUGUCAAGUCAAUUAUUUAACACGAAAUCGG